CUAGUGGACAGACAGUACACAAACAUGGCACAGGUUUGAUUGGCAAUCGCGCCAGUGGGGAGUUUUGUUUACCUUAGUAACCAUGGCGGAGUUAGAGAAUAGCGAGUUGUUGCAAGACAAGAGACGAAUUAUUGAACUGAUAGAGAAUUUAAGACGCUCAAAUGCAGUGCUACGAGCUGAAACCGGCAUGUUUGAGCGGUAUAUUGCUCGUUUGGACCCACGUCAACUCAUUGUACAGGGUGGACCUGAAGGCACUGCGGACGUACAGAAUCGCACAAGGAAGAACACCAGAGCACGAACAAUGACCCAGGAAAAACUUCAGAAGUUGACGUUGGAGCAGAGAUGUGAUGUUGCCCAGAAGGAAUUGGAUGACAUGAGGGAGGACCAGGAGAAAUUUAAGGAAACCUCUGAGAGAGUGAUUUUCAACCUUAAGGCCACCUUGGAGGAAGCUGACGUGCGGCUUGUGGAGGGGAAGAAGGCCAGCAAUGAAUUUGACCGCGAUGUGGCCAAGGUUCUGCGGGAGAAAAAGGGUGCCAUGAUGGGCGCUGAGAAGGUCAUCCGUUACUUUGAGGACAGGAUGAGGGCAAAGGAUACACUAAUAGAGAAACUGCGCCUGAAGAACGCAGCGCUGCACGUGCAGAAGCGGAAGCUCUAUCUGCAGAUGCGCCAGAAAGAGGAGAUGGGAGAGGCACUGAAUGAGGUGGACUUCCAACAGCUCAAGAUUGAAAACAGCCAGUAUCUGGAGCGCAUCGACGAGAGGAACCAGGACCUGCUCCGCCUGAAACUAAUGGCAGGGAACACCCUGCAGAUACUCAACUCAUAUAAGAAGAAGCUGCAGAACAUAACCUGUGAGUCCAAACUGCUGAGCAGCGAAAUUGCCACACGGCGAGACAUGCUGGUGAAGAUCGAGGAAGAGACUGAGCAAGCUGAGGAGGAGCGUGCGAAGGCUGAGGUUCUGAACAGGAAGUUACGAGGCCAGCUGGCAGACUACCGCGUGCCACCCGUUCUGCAGUACAUCACGGCCAAGGCCUCCCAUCACCAGCUGGAGCAGACUGUCCGAGCCUGGGAGCGCAAAGUAGAGAUCUCAGAGAUGGCCCUGAAGACCCACACCAAGGCCUGGAACAAACUGAGGGCAAUUGCUGCUGGACCAGGACAUGCCUCCUAAAUAACACAAUCAAAACAAGGAGCCUUACCUCACUGGAUGUGCAAAUGGACAUUUCACAUUAAAAUAUGUGUGUAUUGUACAGAUAAAGCAAAUUGCUCAAGCCUUCCCUGACACAAAUCUUGACAAAGUUCUGUUGUCUCACAAUGCUACUCAUCGUCCACAGACGAUAUUGUAGAAUGAAUACGGUAGAUGACUACCAUGAGCUCACUAGACUAACAUGAAAAUCAACCAACUAGACCCACUUUA